AUGGCGAGCGAUAAACACCCCUGGGGGUUGCGAUGGCGCUCGAACACGCUGUUCAUCAUCUCCACUGUCGCUAUCGGUCUGUUCACGGACCUGUUCCUGUACGGCCUAGUCGUACCCGUCCUGCCAUUCAUGCUCCGGAACCGCCUGGCGACUCCCGAGGAUGAAAUCCAAUCUUACGUCUCGAACCUGCUUGCUGCUUACGCCGGCGCCUCUGUCGUUUUUUCAGUGCCCGCAGGAUGGAUCGCUGACCGGACGAACUCGCGACAGGCGCCGUUCUUGUGCGGCUUAGCGGCGUUGCUGGUUGCGACCAUCAUGCUAGCUGUGGGUCGGAGCAUCGCCGUGCUGGUGGUCGCCCGUGUCCUUCAGGGUGUCAGUGCGGCCGUUGUUUGGACCAUUGGUCUUGCCAUGGUGCUCGACACGGUCGGUCCGGAGCACCUGGGAAAGGUGAUCGGAUCGAUAUUCUCCUUCAUCUCCAUUGGAGAGCUGAUGGCGCCCGUCAUCGGUGGUGUACUCUACGAGAAGACCGGCUGCAAGAAGACUGCCGCCAAGUACGACGAAUCACUCCGUCAAAACGGGCAGACCAACCCCCGCGAUUUUGGCACCAGGGAUGAUGAGAGCGAGCAGGAUCUAACCGAGGAAGACGCUCUGUUACCUCGAAAGCAAGAAGAGUCGUACAAGAUCACGGGAGAACCGAACAAGCUGGUCCGGGCUUUGCCAAUUCUGGUCUGCUUCAAUAAUCCUCGACUUGUCAUGGCCUUGACCCUGGCUUUCGUCCAGGCAUCUUUGCUAGCUAUGUACGACGCUACCAUUCCGACAGAGGCGCAGAGCCUGUUCCAGUUCACUUCGCUCAAGGCCGGUCUCCUCUUCAUCGCUCUCGACGUACCGUACCUCAUUCUUGGACCCGUCGCCGGAUGGGCUGUGGACCGGUAUGGCACGAAGCCCGCCGCAGUCAUUGGGUUUGGUUUGAUGGUGCCGGUGCUGGUCCUUCUUCGCCUGCCAGCGGAUGGUCUACUUACUGGCUCCAAGAACGUCGUACUCUACUGCGCCAUGCUCGCCCUGAACGGCAUUGGACUUGCAAUCAUCGGUUCGCCCAGUGUAGUGGAAGCCAGCGAUGUGGUGCAGAAGUACGACAAGGCCAACCCUGGUUUCUUUGGCGGAAAUGGACUAUACGCCCAGCUGUACGGAUUCAACUCGCUCUUCUUCUGCGCCGGGCUUACGGUUGGACCCAUCGUCGCUGGUGCGCUGAAGGACUCGGUCGGCUAUGGGAACAUGAACCUUGUCUUUGCUGUCCUAUCUGGAAUCACUGCUGUUCUGUCCUUCUUCAUCAUCGGGGGAAAGCCCAAGGUGGCACGGAGAUCACGCUAG